CGCCAGGUCAACUCGGGGACAGAAAAUCGAAUUUCAGGGAAUUAAGCUUAAUUAGCGACGUUUUUAUUAUCAAAUUGUUUUUAAUUAGUUUCCCAUAAAUACUAUUGACACAAAAUGAGUGGAGUUCGUUUACUCGGAAGUCUCGUGAGAUCGUCUCAGAAGAGAAAUAUUUUCAUGCAACGAUUUUCACCAGCUGUUGGCGUUGCUAUCAAUCGUAACUACUGCACUCCUGCUCGCAAGCAUAUCCGUACUAAACAAGUCGAUGAUGUGUUCGUCAUUACGCUCGAUUCACCCGGUUCCAAAGUGAACUCCCUUGGAGCCGAAGUGCAAGCUGAAUUCGAAUCCGUUUUCCGUGAAUUCGAGACAAAUCCGAAUGUGCGUUCAGCUGUUCUCAUUUCCGGCAAGCCAGGUUGCUUCGUUGCCGGUGCCGAUAUCACAAUGUUGGAACAAUGCAAAACGGCCGAAGAAGCAGAAAAAGUUUCACACAACGGACAAUUGAUGUUCGGUCGGAUCGAGAAUAGCAAUAAACCCGUUGUUGCUGCUAUUAAUGGCGUUUGUUUAGGCGGCGGUUUGGAAUUGGCGCUCGGAUGUCAUUACCGUAUCGCGACAAAGGAUAAAAAGACGGGAUUGGGUGUGCCGGAAGUUAUGUUGGGAUUGUUGCCGGGUGCAGGAGGCACUGUUCGUAUUCCAAAACUCACCGGAAUCCCGACAGCACUCGAUAUGGCCUUGACCGGAAAGACAAUUAAGGCUGAUAAGGCAAAGAAAUUGGGAUUAGUUGAUCUUUUGGUGACUCCUCUUGGACCUGGAUUGGAAUCCGCAGAGGCAACCACAAUGAAGUACUUGGAAGAAGUCGCCAUUGAAACGGCGAAAAACAUUGCAAGUGGCAAAUUGAAGGUUGAUCGCAAAAAGAGCGGAAUCGUAAAUGCCUUGACCGAAUAUGCGUUCAGCAUUAACUGGGUUAAAGACAAAGUUUUCGGCAAAGCUAAGGAACAAGUGAUGAAAAUGACGGGUGGAUUGUAUCCAGCUCCAUUAAAAAUUUUGGAAGUCAUCAGAACAGGCGUCGAUAAAGGUCCCGAAAAGGGAUUUGAAGCCGAAAGAAAGGGAUUCGGUGAAUUGUCUCAAACACCACAAUCCAAAGGUCUUAUUGGAUUGUUCCGCGGACAAACAGAAUGCAAGAAGAAUCGCUUUGGAGCUCCCAAACGAGAAGUUAAAACGAUUGGAGUUCUCGGAGCCGGUUUGAUGGGCGCUGGCAUCGUCCAAGUGAGUGUCGACAAAGGUUAUCAAGUUGUCAUGAAGGAUACCAAUAACGCAGGUCUCAGUCGUGGCAUUGGACAAAUCCAAAAGGGUCUUGAAAAUGGCAUCAAACGUCGUCGUAUCACCGCAUUAGAUCGCGACAAGAUUUUGUCCAACUUGAACCCCACGCUCAGCUACGAACCUUUCCGCAAGGCCGAUAUGGUGAUCGAAGCUGUUUUCGAAGACAUCGCGAUCAAGCACAAGGUCAUCAAGGAAAUCGAAGCAGUAACGCCGGAACACUGCAUUAUCGCAACCAACACAAGUGCAAUCCCAAUUACGAAAAUCGCUGCUGGUAGCGCUCGUCCAGAUCGUGUCGUCGGCAUGCAUUACUUCUCGCCCGUUGACAAGAUGCAACUUUUGGAAAUUAUUACGCAUCCUGGCACGAGCAAAGACACCGCAGCAUCCGCUGUUGCUGUCGGUUUGAAACAAGGAAAGGUCGUUAUCACUGUCGGUGAUGGUCCUGGUUUCUACACGACGCGUAUCUUGUCGUCAAUGUUGUCAGAAGCUAUUCGUUUGUUGCAAGAAGGCACAGAUCCGAAGGAUUUGGACAAAUUGACAAAAACUUUUGGAUUCCCCGUUGGUGCUGCGACGUUAGCUGAUGAAGUUGGUAUCGAUGUUGGUGCUCACAUUUCUGUCGAUUUGGCAAAGGCUUUCGGUGACCGCUUCAGUGGCGGCGACCUUAACGUCAUGCAAGACAUGGUAAAAGCCGGUUUCCUCGGCCGCAAAUCCGGCAAAGGUAUUUUCUUGUAUCAAGGCAAGGGUAAAGGCAGUCGCGAAGUCAAUCAAGAUGCCGUCAAUAUCCUCAAAACGCGUUAUGCUCUCGUAUCGAAGGGCGCCAACAGCAACGAAGACUUGCAACUUCGCAUGGUGUCACGUUUCGUCAACGAAGCCGUGUUGUGUCUCGAAGAAAAGAUCCUCGAUAGUCCGUUGGAAGGAGAUGUUGGUGCUGUUUUCGGCUUGGGCUUCCCUCCAUUCACUGGCGGUCCCUUCAGAUGGGUCGAUCAGUACAGCGCACGCAAAUUGGUCGACAAAAUGUACACGUUUGCUGACUUGUAUGGUGCUCCCUUCGUGCCCUGCCAAACGUUGGUCGACAUGGCGAAAGACUCAUCGAAGAGAUUCUACAAAUAAGACUGAAAACGCAGACACAAUCACGAAAGUCGUCCCAAAAAAAGAUUUUUUGCAUUUCUUAUCAACUCAAUUUGUUUUGUUUUUCGUAUUUUUAAACAUGACCAAUCUAUUGUAGAGAAGAAGAAUAUUGCAUGUGCCUCAUUAUCAAUCAUCAAGGUCAUUAACUACUUACAAAAGUGUCAAAUUUUCUACUGCAACAAAAAAAAAAAUAAA